CUACUCGUGCUCCCCACACGACACUUGAAACUUUUCAUUUUUCCAUUUUGCCAUCUCGUAUCACAAUAACAGCCUCUCUCAAUCCAGAAUCCAAAACACAGAGUGGGUCAAUAACUCAGUGAGUUGAGUAGAGUUGAACUCGAAAUGGCGUUCGCAGCCAGAGCAGUGAAGGUGCCACCAAACUCAGCGAGCCUGGAGGAAGCUCGUAGCCGCGUGUUUGACUUCUUCAGGACGGCGUGCAGAUCAAUACCUUCAAUAAUAGAAAUCUAUAAUCUCGACGAAGUCGUUACCAAGUCGCAGCUCCGCUCCACCAUAGCCUCUGAGAUCCGCAAGAACGCGCACAUCACAAACCCUAAGGUGAUUGAUAUGCUUCUUUUCAAAGGAACAGAAGAGCUGAAUAACAUUUUGGAGCAUGCUAAGCAGCGGCAUCACAUGAUUGGUCAAUAUGUAGUGGGUCGUGAAGGGCUUGUGCAUGAUAGGGAUCCUAAGGAUGAGGGCAUUUCCAGUUUUCUCAAGAACUUCUAUAACAGCAAUUACUUUUGAACCUUCAUUGACCAACCCGCUUUUGGGUAUAGACCUCCCAAAUAAUAACGAACUUAGCAUUGUUUGUAUAUCUUCUUGUUGGAUGGAAUUCCUUUUAUCUUUUUUUCCUAUUUUGGGUCACAGUGUUGAAACCAGAUGACUAUAUUUUAUUUUGAUGUAAUACAUUUUGUUAUCAUAAAUCGAAGCACUGUUAAUGCUGCUGCUUGUUGUUGUGUCA